AUGGAGACGAUCCAUUAUCAGUCUCAGUCUCAAUUGGUGAUGGAGAAUGUACUGGGCAUGAAAGGUGGUCAUGGAGAUUCCAGUUAUGCUCUUAAUUCUUUAUCAGUUCAGAUAAAGAUGGUCCGGGCUGUGAUACCAUAUCUGGAGCGCGCGAUUUAUGAAAAGAUGAGAGUGAAGUUGAAUGGAGACGGCCUAUUUAGGAUAGCAGAUUUCGGGUGUGCUACAGGAGGGAAUACUCUUCUGGUAGCAGACACCAUCGUCAGAGCUGUAAAACGCUCACUUGGAGAAGAGGAAGAGCCAGAAUUUGAAGUUUAUUUUGCUGAUCUUCGCUCCAAUGAUUUCAAUUCACUGCUUCGAAUGAUGCUUCCAACCCAAUUACAAUCCUGUGCCGAUGCAGAUAACGACGGUGAUACCAACCCAGUGGCUGCAGGAUCUUACUUUGCAGCGGCUGUUUGUGGGUCACAUUUCAGACGUUUGUUCCCACGAAAAAGCCUGCAUUUCUGUCAUUCUUCUCUCUGUCUCCAUUGGCUUUCAAAGGUGCCAGAGGCUGUUCGAGAAAGAAGAUCUCCUCGUGUGUACGUUUCAAGUGAUUGUGAGGAGGCAGUGGGAGGUGCUUAUCUACACCAGUUUAACACAGACUUCACAAGGUUUUUAAAUGCCCGGGCAGAAGAGACAGUUUAUGGGGGAUGCGUGUUUAUAUCUCUGGUGGGUCGUAAUGGAGGCACCCAUAUAAUGGAGGAGCAAGGAACUCUAGGAGAUAUCUCUCGUCAUUUUGAAUAUGCAUUCCAGGAGCUGGUGAAUGAGGGUUUUAUAGAGAAAGAGAAGUGGGAAUCCUUCAAUCUGCCCUGGUUCGGUCCAAAUCCGGAAGAGGUGGAGAGCAUAGUUAAGAGGCAAGGGGCGUUCACGAUGGAGCAUGUAAGGGUGUUGGGGGAAUUUCCUUUGCAUCCCAUGACAGAGGUGAGGAGAGGGGAGAAGGAGGUAUUCGGGAGUAGUGUAGGAAACCAUUACAGAGCACUCUUAGAGAAUAUUGUGAAAGCUCAUUUGGGAUGUGAGAGUUUGACAGACGAAUUCUUUUUUAGAAUUGGUAAAAGAGCAGCUGCUAAGUUUGAGGAGUAUCUUUCCAAUCAUAUAGAAUUAGUUGUUGUCAUGCUGGUAUUCUUGAAGAAGAUAACUGGACUUAUGAGAUUCGCAUUUCACGAAUUCUAA